CAUGUGGUUCUUUGCAGCCGUCCCAUCACAACCACUUCCAAGACCCCCCAGUCAGCAUCGUCAUCCUACGCGAGCACCACCGUUCGAGUCCAGCCCACGCCGGUUCCUGUGGUUCAUUCUUCAACCACUCCCACCCCACACCAUUUUGAGCAAACUUCCCCGCUGGCGGCCCUGCUGAGUGGAAACCCACUUCCGGCCGAGCCAGAGUCCGAAGCCAGCCAGGAAUCGCACGGUAGCGAUGAGGAUGCAUUACUGGACGAUGAAGAGGAACACGACGAGGAAGAGCACGAGAUCGAAGACGAGGAUGAAUCGGAGGGACGCGCCCAACAGGACGAUGAACCCGAAAUUGCCGAAGAACCUCUGCAGCAUGAAGCGGCGCAAGUACUUGUCCAUCACGAUAUCCCGGUCGAGCAAAAGCUGAAACAAAUCACUCGCGAAAUAGAAGAAAUGUCUCACUCCGACCGGGAUGUUGACAAUGGCCGUCAAAGCUUCCUGUCACUAUCGGAUCUCAUUAAAAACAUCCGUCCGGCCGAGAAGGUCGUCCCGCAGAUUGAUUCCUCUUACUCGAACACGAUGCGCGUUCUCGGCGAAACCAUAACCAAUGGCGAGAGUCGAUCGGCCAAAAUAUAAAUAUCAUAUCAUCACCUAACACACCAUUCCCCAUCCCUAACAUCAAUCAUCUCCGUAGCAUAGAGAUCGUUAGUAUCAUUCAUCAUUAGCUGGCGGGGGGAAAACCGUCAAGUGUUUUCCGCGGGACUACAUGUGGUUCGGACUGCGGCUCUCAAUGAAACAAAAUAAAUGCAAAGUAAUCACAUGGACUUCCCGAAAACACAUACUAUACUUCCGGACGGUUUUUCCCCCACGAGUGGCACAUUCAAAACGAGCGGUCCUUGUUUUAAUUUUCAAAAUAAUCGUUACGAAAUGGCAUCAGCAGGGCAAAAACAUCAAUCAUUGUCACUUUUCGCUGCAAGGCAUCCCCAUCUCAUCUCGUCUCAUCUCAUCUCGAAGCACAAACAAAACAGCAGAACAAUGAGCCAUGAAUGAGAGAAGAGUACUGAAUCUAAUGAUGACUAUAUUUCAUCAUGCGAGCCGAAAUGCGGACGCAGAGAAAUUCAGAAAUCCUUAAAUUAAGUGAGCUAACACCGAUCGAACCACUCCUGUUGCUUCUAUUUGCUACGCAAGGAAACUAAAUUAAUAGGCCGAUAAGAAGAAAACAUUGAUAUCAUAAUAAAGUAGAGAAGAAAAAAAACUGGAAACAUUCCAACACGAGAAAGAUUAGACUGUAUUGAAGACUAGUUUAUAGUGCGAGAUUGAGUGGAGUAUAAGAUUAAAACACAAAACAUUCGACAGUGAUACGACCGACAAACGGUAUCGUUUUAUGAUAACAGAACAAUAAAAGAGAAACUUUUUUUAGAGAAUAAA